CUAAAAACACUUUGUCCUCUCAUCAUCAUCAUUAUCAUCAUCCUCCUCCUCCUCUCCUCUUCCUCCUCCUCCUCCUCCUUCUCCAAAAUCAACCACCAUGAAUUCUGAUAGGUUGAUGAAAUGGAUGUAUGGCUACAACACAACCAAAUCAUCAGCUGAUACAAAUGGUUUUGGUAGUCAUGCUCCAGGCAUCAUAAAAGCGAUGCAAAUGCUUGACACUCAGUUUGAGAAUCUACAUGCAUCAUCACCAUCAUCUGAUAGGAAUGAUGUCAUCAACAACAACAAGAUGGUGUUGAAUACUUCUUCCGCUUUUGCUCAUCUUGAUCUCCUUGGAGGCUCGUCUUCACAUUCACAACAACCACCAUCUGAGACAAACAAUAUUGUUGCUACUAAUGGUGAUGAAAUCCGGGCUUUUAAUAAUACCAACAUGAAGAGGAAAAAAGAAGAAAUUGUUGAUGAUGGUAGAACCCACAGUCUAUCACACAAUAAAAAUGGACCAUAUACGUGUCCAAAGUGUAACAAAGUACUAGCAACAUCACAAAAAUUUGCUAGUCAUGCAUCAAUACACUACAAGUCAGAAAGUGAAGAAGAGAAAAAAAAGAGAUACAUGUCUAGGAUCCGAAAGAGACCAGAUCUCCGAUUCCAAAAGCUCAAUGAUGGAACAACUACUUUUGUUCCCAUUGCUUCUGUUGACCAGUCACAUGCUGUUUCUGUAAGUUAUAAUAAUCAUAAUAUGAGUGCGCCUGCUCCUCCUCUAAGUGGGGUCAAAGUUAAAUUGGAGCCUGCUGAUAACUAAUUUAUAUUAUGCUUGCUCAAUUUAUAAUGUUUAUUUGAGAGCUUAGCUCCCUGUUUGCUUCCCUUUUCUUGAUGUUUUCUUGUUAUUGUUAGCCUUUGUAAACAAAAAAUUAUUGUAAUGAUGAUUUCUUUCAUUAUCUAGGUUAUUUC